GUGCCAGUAGCCCAGUCAGUCAUGACAACAAUAAUGGCUCCUAAGAAAUAUGUGUGAUGUGGCUAAGAUUUGUUUUUUUUUUAACCGUUACCUUCUCUGAUGUUAACUGUGGAUAGUCGUGGUGAGUUUUCUUGGUUAACGGAUUGAAUGAUGCUUAAAAAUGCUGGAUUUUUGAUGAUACUUUUGAGCGCCAUUUUGAUGUGUAGGUCGUCAGAAUUGGACUUUGACAGCCGAUGGAACAGUAAAUCUUGUAGCGCAAUAUAUCAGCUAUUUCACACCAAAGAGCAAGUAAUUCAAAAACUGAAACAAGUCCUUGAUGUUGAAAAAGAGAAAAAAUUACUUUCUCAUGCACAAGUUAGAGCAAUUGUCAUUUACCAAUCCGAACUGAAUGACACCGAAAGAGCUGUUUUGGAAGCAAUGGGAGGUCUGAGAAAACUCCUUCAUGAAGAUUAUAAGUCAGUCGUGAAAAUCAAAGAAGCUAUAAAACAGAGACUAAAUUCUUUUAAAGAUAUCGCUUUACGUCAAGAGGAUCAAUAUAAUGCAAUCAGUGAAGCUGAGAAAGAAUUGGCGGCAGAGAAUAAACAUCAGAAGAACUCGAGUAGUCGAAUAGGAAAACUAAUUGAGGGCAUUUUAAGCGAUGUAUCUUUUGCAGCUGAUAAACUAGAGAAGAAGCUGAGUGAUAAUACAUUUGAAAAGACUAGAAAAUCUAAAGGGGCAUCUAUAGAGGCAGUGGUGAGAUUGAAAGAACAGGAAGAGGGGGAAUCAGAAGAAGAAUUAGGACCAACGAAAUCACCUGAAGAAGAAGAAGAAGACAAAAAAGAUGGAAUGAGUAUACUAGUUGAUUCACAGAGUAAUCAGUUUGUAUUGUCAAAGUCUAAAGAUGCUACUACUCCUCAUGAAGAUGUUCAUUUGAUUAAAGAUAUUAUAUGGAUCAUUAUUUUGUCAUUCUUUGGAGCUUGUGCUUGUAUGGUUGUCCAGCUUCCAACCAUGUUUGGUUUUGUUCUGAGUGGUAUGGUUCUUGGACCAACUGGUAUCAAUGUCAUCAAGUCAGUGGUUCAGGUGGAAACUCUGGGGGAAUUUGGCGUCUUCUUUAUCUUGUUUUGUGUAGGAUUGGAAUUUUCUCCUGAAAGAAUAAGAAAGGUGUGGAAGAUAUCUCUAGGAGGUAGCAGUCUUAUCAUGGUUCUUACCAUUGUGUUCGGCAUGUUUGGAGGAAUGUGUCUUGGUAUUCUACCUCAACAAAGUGCUUUUGUAGCAGCUUGCCUAUCCCUUUCUAGCACACCACUCAUUGUCAAGUUCUUGGGAAGCAAACAUGGAGAAAACUCCAAUAAAGAACAUACAAAUGGUGACCAUGACUAUAGUAGUAGUUUACUAGGAAUCCUGGUAAUGCAAGAUGUAUACCUAGGACUGAUAGUAGCAAUUCUGCCUGCUCUCUCUGGACACAUUGUUUCACCAUCGAAUGGGAAUAAUGGUGUCGUGCAUCACCUUCUGCAUGGGCAAGGUCCAUCUAAUGGUACCAGUGCAGUUGAAGGGUUUGUUAAUACCUCAUGGAUAGUGCUAGAAGUGUUUGGCUCAAUGGUUGGACUCUUCAUCUUUUGUAUUUUUAUAGCAAGAUAUGUUCUUGCAUCAUUUUUCAGAUUUCUUCACAGGAUGGGAACUGUAGAAUUGCUUUUUCUUGGCACAGUUGCCAUUGCAUUUGGCAUGCUCUUGAUAUCAGAGCAUCUUGGAAUCUCAAUGGAACUGGGAUGUUUUGUAGCAGGUGUAGUGAUCAGUGCAAAUGGAGAGCAACUCGUUAAACAGGUUGUGCAUUUAGUGGAGCCCAUUAAGGAUUUCUUGUCUUGUUUAUUUUUUGCUUCUAUAGGUCUGCAUGUGUUUCCUUCAUUCGUUUUAAGUGAACUAUCUGUCACUUUAACGUUAACCUUUGGUGUCGUAGUCUUAAAGUUUUUAGUAGGGGUUUUCGUGCUUCGCCUGUUUCUUCCCAACUCAAACAAUAGCAAGUAUAUAGUAGCAGCAGGUCUGGCGCAGGUCAGUGAGUUCUCAUUUGUCCUUGGAAGUCGUGCUAGAAGAUUUCAUCUCAUUUCUAGAGAGGUCUAUCUCCUCAUUCUCAGUGUCACAACCCUUAGUCUUCUAUUCGCACCGUUGGUUUGGCGAGUUUCUCUUUGGCGAUUUGGAACCAAGCCAGGAAAGAGUAAUUCAAAAGUAUAACAAAAGUAUACAGUUAGACAUGAUAACGAUGAAAAUUCUUAUGUCAUAAGUUAUUCCACCUUUUUACAUUCAAUUGAAAAAUAUUGUCGGGUUCAAAAGAUAGAACAAUAAGCUGUAGCCGAAAUGGUACAUGGGCAGUACGUUUAUUAAAUGUAUCUCGUUAUGCGACUCGUGAAAUGUUUAUAAAUUGUUGCGCUGUCAUAAGAUAAUUAUGUCAUUUCCAGAAUACCUUUUCAUCUCAGCUUCUUCAUUCUGUUUUGAACCUGACAAUGAUUUUGCGUUUAUAUAAAUCGACAAAUUCCUAAUAUUUAUAUUAUGUGUAUGGAGCAUGUGUAGUUGCUAGUCCCUUAGAUUUUGUCCCAACCUCGUUCUUAGAGACUUUUCUCCUCCUCCUUCGCGCGCCGCCAUUUUGAAAAAAGCGAGAAUAGAAGGCUAUUUGAGGGCCGCCAUUUAAAAAAAGCGCGAAGAAAGGCCCUGGGAACGAAGUUGAUCUUGCCCUUGCUCAGAGGAAGUCUGGUAUUAAUGAACCAGCCAUGCAUGAAUUGCCCUAUUUCACUAUGACGUCACUGCUUGUUUAUGUGGGGGAUAGAAUCACCAAAUCCAAUUGAAAAUUCAACAAAAUUUGCUCCUAGCGAAACAGUUUAAUCAAAAUG